AUGGCUAGCAAAAGGAUGCUCCUCAAUUCGGGCUUUUUCAUACGAGUCUUGCUCUCAUCGUGUUCGCUGAGCCCUUCUUACAGUAUCGCAUAUUUUUUUCUCAAUUUAAUACCAACAUCUCAACACAUCUAUUCGACACCCGCGAUCGACCUCGUCUUCGAUUCUGAGCUCUUGAUAACCAUUUCCAUUGCAAAGAAAUCCAUCAUUGUUGCAUCUCGCGAUGCUCUCAGCGGACGGUACUCACAAGAUCAAUCUUCUGAUCCAACAACCUCUACCGCAAGCUCUUUCGAUAGCCAAACUCUGCUCCUGAACGCCUCUUUCGAUGUAUUCCCAAAAUUGCCUCCGGAGAUCCGCGACGAAAUUUCUGUGAAGCGCGCUGCUACUACAUGCACAUAUAGACAUAAAUUUGAGCUGUUACCUGUUUUGCUAACUGGGUCGCUGGCUACAGGGAAACUGGCCUUGCCUCGGUUGCGUUACAUCCAUAUCUCCGUGAAUGAGCCAGACGUCGAUGGUGAUCAACCUAUAGCAACCUAUCCUGCGGUCAAGAUCAGAACCCAGGUUCCGGGAAUGCUAGGUGCUUGUCAGCAUUCUAGAGCUAUAGCCUUCAAGUACUACAUCCCACAACUCCAUAUCCGCUUCGAUGGAUCUCCAAUCAACAUCGAUCACGAGACGGAUAUUUUUGCUUUCGAGAGUGAGCGGACCAUCCCAGGAUUCUUCGGCGAUGAUUCACGAUGGAACGACGAGAUGGAGGCGUUCUUGGGCAAUAUUCGCAAGAUUAUGGUUCGGGGGAGACAGCUCAGUUUCUGCGUGGGCAUCUUUUUCACGGUGUUGAAGAAGGUCAAGCACAUAUCACUAGAGACUGAGUCUGCUCUUACACUUGGUCUUUCAAAUACUGUAGGCUUCAAGUAUAACAAGACAUACGAUAUGCUUAGACAGUCGUGGCAGGUUUGGGGCCGAUCAAAUGAAGAGUUUCCUACACUUCAUGUCGUUUCCAGCGGUAAGAUGGAUGAGCUGGUGGCUGCUGGGAGAAGUGUAAUGGGAGACUCUGCAGAUUAG